AUGUCUACCAACAACUACUCCAUCCCAUCAAUCAUCGCCGCCUAUGGCCUCGGUAUUGCUCCGCACGGGUACUACCUGGUAAAGAUGAUGGCCAAUGCAAAGGGCCAAUCGAGCAAUAUCUUCCCUCGAGAAAACCUCUCCACGCUGAAAGGUCAGAUCUCAACCCAAGUAUGGGAAAGGCUCGCCAGAGCCCGCGGUGCACAUUUGAAUGCCAUGGAAGGACUUCCGAUAUUUGCUGCUGCCAUGCUGACAGGAACCCUGGCGAAGCUUCCUGCGAAAGAUAUGAAUACUUUAGCGGUUGAGUACCUCGGUGCAAGAAUUCUGUAUACGGCCCUUUAUAUGGGUGUUCGAUCUGAGGCGGCGAGUUAUCUGCGCACUGGUGUCUGGGCUUGGAGUAUUUCGCUUCCUAUUUGGGCUUUGUAUAAGGCUGAGAAGGUUCUUUAUGGCUCCGAGUGA